UAUCCGUAUUGAUUGUAAUUUUCAUUUAUAAAAUAUUUAUGAAUAGGAUUGUUUUGAGGAUAAACUUGUAUCAAAAGCAUUUUUAAAAUGCCAUACGCUAACCAACCUUCUGUUCACAUAACAGAUUUAACCGACGAUAAUUGCAAGUUUUAUAUUGAAGACACAGAUUUAAGUGUUGCGAAUAGCAUUCGCCGCGUCCUUAUCGCUGAAACACCUACAUUAGCCAUAGAUUGGGUAAAAUUGGAAGCUAAUUCAACAGUAUUAAGUGACGAAUUUUUAGCACAUAGAAUCGGUCUAAUUCCUUUGGUUUCCGAUGAAGUUGUACAAAGAUUGCAGUACCCGAGGGAUUGUGUAUGUCUCGACUUCUGUCAAGAAUGCAGUGUCGAAUUUACCCUUGAUGUUAAAUGUACUGAUGAUCAAACCAGACACGUAACUACAGCUGAUUUUAAAUCGAGUGAUCCGCGGGUAAUACCGGCAACUUCAAAACAUAGAGAUGACGAAUCUUCAGAAUAUGGAGAAACUGAUGAAAUUUUAAUUAUUAAGUUAAGAAAAGGGCAAGAACUGAAAGUUAGAGCUUACGCUAAGAAGGGCUUCGGUAAAGAACAUGCUAAAUGGAACCCAACUUGUGGUGUAGCUUUUGAAUAUGACCCCGAUAACUCAAUGAGACAUACUUUAUUUCCAAAACCUGACGAAUGGCCCAAAAGUGAAUAUAGUGAAUUGGAAGAAGAUCAAUAUGAAGCUCCUUUUAACUGGGAAUUGAAACCAAAUAAAUUUUUUUUCAAUGUCGAAGCAGCAGGUUUAUUGAGGCCUGAAAAUAAUGUUAUUAUGGGAGUUGCUAUGCUCAAAGAGAAACUUUCCAAUCUGCAAACUCAAUUAAGUCAUGAAUUGACCAAUGAUGCUUUAGCAAUUCCAAUUUAAUUCGUUUUAAUAGAAUCAUACAUAAAAAAA